AUGGCUCUUUCAAAGACAUUCCUGCUGCUGUUGGCAUCCUGCGUUACCUCUGUGUCCUGUGCGCCAGUGAAGCGGAUUCCAUAUGCUCCGAUACAGACUCUACCAAGUGGUGAUUUACUUUUCAAAUUGGGCAACUCAUCGUAUAUCGCGAACACACAGUAUCCAAAGGCCGUUGUUCCAGGUUUAUUUAGACCCGUCACUUCUUCAUCACAAUUUCCUAUUACGGUGGUCAAUACGAAUGUUUCAGUGAUUACGGACGAAGUUCUACAGAGUAUCGUUGCAAGCUAUUUGGGUGCUGACGAUGUCUUCACCGAGGAUUUCUUGGAGUCUAUCUUCAUCUUGUCGACCGCCGAAGUUCCUGUCUUGGAUCCAACAGCGAUCAGCUACUUGGAAUCAUACGCGGUGAACCAGAUUUUUGUGGGCGAAGGUUUUCAACAUACAGAUACCGGCAAUUGCACCGUCACCACCCUGCCCUCAGUAGAUAUGCUCCCACCAGGACCUUACAUAGCUACAAUGACCCAAGGCUCCCUCGCAUUCGAUAUGGUAUACCUCCUCUAUGCGGAUUCUUACCGAGAUUUCCUUUUCGGCGCUUACGAGGCUAACGAUGGGAACGGAAGCUUUGCUGCUUUACCAACAUUCCUUCCAGAAUUCUGGGAUCCAAUGAUCCCGGUGCCUUCUCGGGUAUAUAGCUGGGCCGAUAGCAGGCCACUAGCAGGCGAACGUGUCGCUAUCAAAGAUUUGUUUGAUAUCAAGGGCUUGCAGACAUCUGGUGGCAGCCAAGCAUGGGCACAUAUAACCCCUAUUGCUGAUGGCACUGCUCCGUCGAUACAGCGGAUCAUAGAUCUAGGUGGAGUCAUUGUUGGAAAGUAUAAACUGGCCCAAUUCGCGUCUGGGGCGAAUCCUUGGGAUUGGCAGGAUGAACAUUAUCCUUUCAACCCACGAGGAGAUGGCUGGUUGACAUGCUCGGCGUCUUCCUCGGGCGGUGGUUGCUCGAUCGCCGCCUAUGACUGGCUUGACUAUGCAAUCGGGUCUGACACUGGCUCUUCGAUGCGAAGGCCUGCUGCCGUCGCCGGUGUCUACGGCCAACGCCCAAGUCAGGGCCUGAUGACCCUCGAGCGAGUGAUGCCUUUAGGCGGCGCCACUGACACGGCAGGAGUCUUUUCGAGGAAUCCGUAUAAAUGGAUCAAGUUCUCAAAGGCAUGGUAUACCCCUUCACACUUCCAGUCCACAGCUCUGACUGGGCUGUCUCCACUUUCAUUGCCCGAUACCAACGCCUUUCCGAAACGAAUUCUAUAUCCUGUCGAAUACUUACCCUUGAAUAAUUCGGCUGCGGAGGUGGUCCUGCAAGAGUUCAUUGCCAACAUGUCCACCUUGUUUGGCAUGACUGUGGAAAAGUUCAACUUUACCGCCACUGUCCAGAAUGCAUCGGAUCCACAAGUCGCCAACCUAACGUACCUGAGCUCCGGUCCUCUUGGGGUUAUCAACUCGUACACUCAAUGGGAGGAAGUUGCAAAACCACUCAUCACGACAUGGGCUAAGCUCUACGAUGGUCGUUUUCCGCCUGUCGAUCCAGCUCGACGUCCAGGGUGGCGCAGGUAUAACGAAAGUCAGAAUACUGCUGCUACUUAUCAGAAGGCAUUACAGGAAAAGAAUCUGGCCGUUGAAUGGUAUGAACAGAAUCUUCAAUUCAGUACCGACGAGUCUUGCUCCGAGUCGGUCAUGCUGUACGAUAUCGGCCCUGGAGGGCUUCCGUCGUUUCGUGAGGAAAGUCUCAAUGAGUCUCCUGCUGCGUCUUAUUUGGCCAUCAAACCGCCAACGGCCCAAAUCACUGGGGCCAAUAUCUGCCCAAUCUACGGAUGCGCGGACUUUACCAUACCGAUCGGACAAGUGCCGUACUUCAGCAAUGUGACGUUCCACGAAGAGAUGGUGCCGGUCACGAUCAACAUGGUCGUGAAACGUGGCUGUGAUUUUGUCUUGUUGAACAUGAUUGAGCAGAUGGCCGAUGCCGGGAUCCUCAAGACAGUGAAGACGGGACGAGCAGCAUAUUAG